CUGUGGGUGGUGGUGGUGGUGGUGGGGGGGGGUGUAUUUGCGAUGUCUGGGUAUAGUUAUAUAGGUGACGUCGUGCUCCCUACGUAAACAGAAACUAUCUCGAAAAACCUGCCAUCGCUUGUCCUCAUAUCAUCUUUGCCCAAGACGUGCUUGUUCCUGCCUCCGGCGCAUGGUAUAUAUACAUCCACUUCGUAAUUCAGCAAAAGGAAAAUUCGUAGACCGCUCCCCUCCCAACCACGAAAGCUUCAUUCGUAUACACGACAGCUCGCGCUCGACCUCGCCCACAGCUCGCGCACCUCCCAACGGAGACCACCCCGGCAUGUCGCCCAACGUCGCCGCCCUCAAAGACCCCCAGGGCAUCAAGCGCAGAGUCAAGAACUACUUUGGCUACACCGACACCACCCCCAAGACCAUCUCGGUCACCUCCUGGGUCACCCAGUCCACGCCCAACGCCAAAGAGGGUGUUAAGGAUUAUGUCCUCUCGCUCUUCCCCUUCAUCCAAUGGGUGCCGAGGUACAACUUUACCUGGCUCUAUGGUGAUCUCGUCGCUGGUAUAACCGUCGGUUUGGUCUUGGUCCCCCAAUCUCUGUCCUACGCCAAAAUCGCCAACCUAGAUGCUCAAUACGGUCUCUACUCAUCCUUCAUCGGUGUCCUCACCUACGCCUUCUUUGCCACAUCCAAGGAUGUCUCGAUCGGCCCCGUCGCUGUCAUGUCUCUCGAAACCGGCAACAUCAUUACUGCGGUCCAGGAGAAAUAUGGCGACUUGUACGACAAGCCAGUGAUUGCUACUGCAUUGGCCUUCAUCUGUGGUUUCAUCGUGCUGGGUAUUGGAUUGAUCAGGAUCGGAUGGCUCGUCGAGUUCAUCCCUCAACCUGCUGUAUCCGGUUUCAUGACCGGUAGUGCUCUCAACAUUGCGGCCGGUCAGACCCCCGCCAUCUUUGGUCUCGCCAAGAAGUUCAACACCAAGGCUGCCACCUACAAGGUCAUCAUUAACACGCUGAAAUUCUUGCCCGAGGCGUCUCUCGACACGGCCUUUGGUAUCAGCGCGCUUGUGCUGCUCUAUGGCAUGAAGUGGGGUUUCACUUGGCUGGGCAACCGCUACCCCAGGUGGAACCGUGUCUGCUUCUUUGCCCAGUCUUUGCGUCACGCUCUGGUUAUCAUCCUCUUCACCAUCAUCUCUUGGCGUAUCAACAUUCACGCGCCCAAGAACCGCAUCUCCCUCGUCGGUAGCGUCCCUUCGGGUCUACAGCACGUCGGCCGUCCUUACAUCGACAAAGACCUCCUCGCUGCCAUCGGUCCCCACAUCCCCGUGGCCACCAUCAUCCUCUUGCUCGAGCACAUUUCCAUCGCAAAGUCUUUCGGCCGAUUGAACGGGUACAAGAUCAACCCCAACCAAGAGCUCAUCGCUAUCGGCGUCAACAACACGCUCGGUACUCUCUUCUCUGCUUACCCUUCUACCGGUUCUUUCUCCCGAUCGGCGCUCAAGUCCAAGGCUGGUGUGCGAACCCCUGCUGCCGGUCUGGCCACGGGUGUCGUCGUCAUUGUCGCCCUGUACGCCGUUGCUCCAGCUUUCUACUGGAUCCCCAACGCCGCUCUCUCUGCGUUGAUCAUCCACGCCGUCGCCGACUUGGUCGCUUCUCCCAAGCACUCUUAUGCCUUCUGGCGCGUCUCCCCCAUCGAGUACAUCAUUUUUGUCGGUGCCGUUCUCUGGUCCGUCUUCUACACCAUCGAAUCCGGUAUCUACUGGUCCCUCGCUACUUCCAUCGUCCUCCUCUUGCUCCGUAUCGCCCGCCCCAAGGGCCACUUCCUCGGACGUGUGCGUAUCAAGCCUCAGAACGAUGCCCAGCAGACUCGAGACGUGUACAUUCCCUUAUGCGACUCGCACAACCAGGAUGUGCCCGUGGAGAACCCUCCCCCUGGUAUCAUUAUCUACCGCUUCGAAGAAUCCUUCCUCUACCCCAACGCUUCGUACAUCAACGACCGUCUCGUCGAGCGUGCCAAGUCUACCACCCGCCGAGGCGGGGACCACCAUGCUGUCAAAGCUGGUGACCGUCCAUGGAAUGACCCGGGGCACAGUAAGAAGGAUGAAGAAGCCGAGCGCAAGGCCGAGAGUGAGAAGCCGCUGUUGAAGGCAGUCAUUCUUGAUUUCGCGGCGGUGGCCAAUCUGGAUACCACGGGUGUGCAAAACUUGAUUGAUACGCGGACAGCUAUGGAAAAGUGGGCGGACGGGCCUGUCGAGUUCCACUUCUGCGGUAUCUUGUCGCCUUGGAUCCGACGUGCGCUUAUUGCGGGCGGCUUUGGACAGGGCAGGACGAAGGAAGGGGCCGCGCUGGAAGUUGCGCCCGCGGUCAUUGAGAAUCUCGAAAACGCCGCUUCCCCUCCCACUCAUGAACGUGAAGAGGAUGGCUUGUUCUUGGUACAUGAAGUUGGCAAGGCGCACCAGGCUGGAGGAUCGGAUAGCGCGAGGACGUCAGUGUAUGAUGAGGAGAAGAACUUGGGUAGCUCGUCGGGUGCUAGUACACCACCAAGGGUACAGACUGUUCACGAGGCGGACCAGAGGCGGGGCAGUGACAAGAGUCUGCCGUUGCUCGAUAGGACUACACCUUUCUUCCACUUUGAUCUCGCCGAUGCUCUCAACUCGCUUCAUCUCCCCACCAGCGAAUAGUUUUCUCUACUUUCGGUCUCGGCUCUUUCACUUUCGCUUUCAGCGUCUCUUUAUCAUUGUAUAUGGGUUUAUGGGGUCUUUAUCUUCAUGCGCUUCAAAUCUCCUAUCUAUCUUGGUCCUUGCUCCUUUUGGGCUUUUUCUCCUUGCAUCCCGGCCUUGUCACAAGUCUAUAGUAUCUAGUAUUACUAUCCAGAUCAUAACAGUUAUAAAAUAGAAUGUCCUUGUAACGAAUUUUGAAUGAACACCACAUUUGAAAUACCUUUCCCUCUGCUACAGGAUCGAGUCAAUUUCAGCAAACAGGACAGGGCAGUUGGGAUCAGCUUAAAGGCUGUGAGUUGGGAUUGUUGCAUGGCUCCGGCUGGCAAGG